AUGGUUGUGAAGAGCGGGGAGUUGCGAAAGAGAUUAUUAGAAGACUCUGGUGCUGAUUUACGCAGAGAUGAAGGAAAAGAGGACAAGGGGGAGGAGGAGGACGACGAGGGAGAGCGAGGAUAUGGGAGAGAAGGGUGGAGGGCAGAAGGGUUGGUGGGGUUGAAAGGUGAGGAAAGGUUGGGAGUGGUUGAAGGCGGAUGGGGGAAUGAUGGCGGAGGAGACGAGGAAGACAGGGCAGACGAGGAGGGAGAGGAAGGGGCAGAAGAGGAGGGAGAGGAAGGGGCAGAAGAGGAGGGAGAGGAAGGGGUAGAAGAGGAGGGAGAGGAAGGCGAUGGAUCAGCAGUUUUAGGGUUUCGCAGGCUGAUGCACUCUGACAGCGUGAUGCUGCACCGGAAGAGAGCAGGAACGGAUGGAAAGAUUGAGACAUGGGAGGGAGAGGAGGAGGGAGAAGAAGAGAAGGAUGAGGAUGAGGAUGGAAAGGGAACUGGAGGGACAAGUUUAGGGUUUUGCAAGUUGAUACACUCGGUCAGCAUGGUGCUACAACGGAAAAGAGUGGGGAAGCCUGAAACGAGGAUGGCUGAAAUCGAGGAAGAGGAAGUGGUGGGAGAGGAAGAGGAAGUGGUGGGAGAGGAAGAUGAAGUGGUGGGAGAGGAAGAGGAAGUGGUGGGAGAGGAAGAGGAAGUGGUGGGAGAGGAAGAGGAAGUGGUGGGAGAGGAAGAGGAAGUGGUGGGAGAGGAAGAGGAAGUGGUGGGAGAGGAAGAGGAAGUGGUGGGAGAGGAAGAGGAAGUGGUGGGAGAGGAAGAGGAAGUGGUGGGAGAGGAAGAGGAAGUGGUGGGAGACGAAGAGGAAGUGGUGGGAGAGGAAGAGGAAGUGGUGGGAGAGGAAGAGGAAGUGGUGGGAGAGGAAGAGGAAGUGGUGGGAGAGGAAGAGGAAGUGGUGGGAGAGGAAGAGGAAGUGGUGGGAGAGGAAGAGGAAGUGGUGGGAGAGGAAGAGGAAGUGGUGGGAGAGGAAGAGGAAGUGGUGGGAGAGGAAGAGGAAGUGGUGGGAGAGGAAGAGGAAGUGGUGGGAGAGGAAGAGGAAGUGGUGGGAGAGGAAGAGGAAGUGGUGGGAGAGGAAGAGGAAGUGGUGGGAGAGGAAGAGGAAGUGGUGGGAGAGGAAGAGGAAGUGGUGGGAGAGGAAGAGGAAGUGGUGGGAGAGGAAGAGGAAGUGGUGGGAGAGGAAGAGGAAGUGGUGGGAGAGGAAGAGGAAGUGGUGGGAGAGGAAGAGGAAGUGGUGGGAGAGGAAGAGGAAGUGGUGGGAGAGGAAGAGGAAGUGGUGGGAGAGGAAGAGGAAGUGGUGGGAGAGGAAGAGGAAGUGGUGGGAGAGGAAGCGGAAGUGGUGGGAGAGGAAGCGGAAGUGGUGGGAGAGGAAGCGGAAGUGGUGGGAGAGGAAGAGGAAGUGGUGGGAGAGGAAGAGGAAGUGGUGGGAGAGGAAGAGGAAGUGGUGGGAGAGGAAGAGGAAGUGGUGGGAGAGGAAGAGGAAGUGGUGGGAGAGGAAGAGGAAGUGGUGGGAGAGGAAGAGGAAGUGGUGGGAGAGGAAGAGGAAGUGGUGGGAGAGGAAGAGGAAGUGGUGGGAGAGGAAGAGGAAGUGGUGGGAGAGGAAGAGGAAGUGGUGGGAGAGGAAGAGGAAGUGGUGGGAGAGGAAGAGGAAGUGGUGGGAGAGGAAGAGGAAGUGGUGGGAGAGGAAGAGGAAGUGGUGGGAGAGGAAGAGGAAGUGGUGGGAGAGGAAGAGGAAGUGGUGGGAGAGGAAGAGGAAGUGGUGGGAGAGGAAGAGGAAGUGGUGGGAGAGGAAGAGGAAGUGGUGGGAGAGGAAGAGGAAGUGGUGGGAGAGAAGGAGUGGGGAGAGGAAGAGGAAGUGGUGGGAGAGGAAGAGGAAGUGGUGGGAGAGGAAGAGGAAGUGGUGGGAGAGGAAGAGGAAGUGGUGGGAGAGGAAGAGGAAGUGGUGGGAGAGGAAGAGGAAGUGGUGGGAGAGGAAGAGGAAGUGGUGGGAGAGGAAGAGGAAGUGGUGGGAGAGGAAGAGGAAGUGGUGGGAGAGGAAGAGGAAGUGGUGGGAGAGGAAGAGGAAGUGGUGGGAGAGGAAGAGGAAGUGGUGGGAGAGGAAGAGGAAGUGGUGGGAGAGGAAGAGGAAGUGGUGGGAGAGGAAGAGGAAGUGGUGGGAGAGGAAGAGGAAGUGGUGGGAGAGGAAGAGGAAGUGGUGGGAGAGGAAGAGGAAGUGGUGGGAGAGGAAGAGGAAGUGGUGGGAGAGGAAGAGGAAGUGGUGGGAGAGGAAGAGGAAGUGGUGGGAGAGGAAGAGGAAGUGGUGGGAGAGGAAGAGGAAGUGGUGGGAGAGGAAGAGGAAGUGGUGGGAGAGGAAGAGGAAGUGGUGGGAGAGGAAGAGGAAGUGGUGGGAGAGGAAGAGGAAGUGGUGGGAGAGGAAGAGGAAGUGGUGGGAGAGGAAGAGGAAGUGGUGGGAGAGGAAGAGGAAGUGGUGGGAGAGGAAGAGGAAGUGGUGGGAGAGGAAGAGGAAGUGGUGGGAGAGGAAGAGGAAGUGGUGGGAGAGGAAGAGGAAUUGGUGGGAGAGGAAGAGGAAGUGGUGGGAGAGGAAGAGGAAGUGGUGGGAGAGGAAGAGGAAGUGGUGGGAGAGGAAGAGGAAGUGGUGGGAGAGGAAGAGGAAGUGGUGGGAGAGGAAGAGGAAGUGGUGGGAGAGGAAGAGGAAGUGGUGGGAGAGGAAGAGGAAGUGGUGGGAGAGGAAGAGGAAGUGGUGGGAGAGGAAGAGGAAGUGGUGGGAGAGGAAGAGGAAGUGGUGGGAGAGGAACAUGUGGAGGAGUGCAAUGAGGAUGAGUGGGAGGAAAGGGGGAGCGGGAGCGAGAAGUUGGUACCGGAAGAAAGAGGGGAAAAGGGGGAUGAGGAAUUGGAAGAUGUAAAUGACGAAGACGGGGAGGAGGAGUUGGAAGGCUUGGAUAAGGAGAAAGGGGCUUCUUGGCGAAGGAGGUUGGUGCAUUCUGAUAGCUUAGCUGUGAACCGGCUUAAAAGGAGGACAGGCCAUUCCACGAGCGCAACUUUAGGUGAAAAUUCAGGCGAACAUUCAGACGAAUUUCCAGGUGGAAAUUCAAGUGCUUUCGCCUCUGCUGCUCCUCCCCCACAUGCAAGGCGGUUUGUUCACUCUGACAGCCUCUCAGUUGCAAAGCUUCGGGGAGUGGUCACAGGGGCAUACGGCAAAGGAGACGAGGAUGAGGAAGCGGAUCAAGAGGAGGUGGACGAGGAAGAGGAAGUGGUGGGAGAGGAAGAGGAAGUGGUGGGAGAGGAAGAGGAAGUGGUGGGAGAGGAAGAGGAAGUGGUGGGAGAGGAAGAGGAAGUGGUGGGAGAGGAAGAGGAAGUGGUGGGAGAGGAAGAGGAAGUGGUGGGAGAGGAAGAGGAAGUGGUGGGAGAGGAAGAGGAAGUGGUGGGAGAGGAAGAGGAAGUGGUGGGAGAGGAAGAGGAAGUGGUGGGAGAGGAAGAGGAAGUGGUGGGAGAGGAAGAGGAAGUGGUGGGAGAGGAAGAGGAAGUGGUGGGAGAGGAAGAGGAAGUGGUGGGAGAGGAAGAGGAAGUGGUGGGAGAGGAAGAGGAAGUGGUGGGAGAGGAAGAGGAAGUGGUGGGAGAGGAAGAGGAAGUGGUGGGAGAGGAAGAGGAAGUGGUGGGAGAGGAAGAGGAAGUGGUGGGAGAGGAAGAGGAAGUGGUGGGAGAGGAAGAGGAAGUGGUGGGAGAGGAAGAGGAAGUGGUGGGAGAGGAAGAGGAAGUGGUGGGAGAGGAAGAGGAAGUGGUGGGAGAGGAAGAGGAAGUGGUGGGAGAGGAAGAGGAAGUGGUGGGAGAGGAAGAGGAAGUGGUGGGAGAGGAAGAGGAAGUGGUGGGAGAGGAAGAGGAAGUGGUGGGAGAGGAAGAGGAAGUGGUGGGAGAGGAAGAGGAAGUGGUGGGAGAGGAAGAGGAAGUGGUGGGAGAGGAAGAGGAAGUGGUGGGAGAGGAAGAGGAAGUGGUGGGAGAGGAAGAGGAAGUGGUGGGAGAGGAAGAGGAAGUGGUGGGAGAGGAAGAGGAAGUGGUGGGAGAGGAAGAGGAAGUGGUGGGAGAGGAAGAGGAAGUGGUGGGAGAGGAAGAGGAAGUGGUGGGAGAGGAAGAGGAAGUGGUGGGAGAGGAAGAGGAAGUGGUGGGAGAGGAAGAGGAAGUGGUGGGAGAGGAAGAGGAAGUGGUGGGAGAGGAAGAGGAAGUGGUGGGAGAGGAAGAGGAAGUGGUGGGAGAGGAAGAGGAAGUGGUGGGAGAGGAAGAGGAAGUGGUGGGAGAGGAAGAGGAAGUGGUGGGAGAGGAAGAGGAAGUGGUGGGAGAGGAAGAGGAAGUGGUGGGAGAGGAAGAGGAAGUGGUGGGAGAGGAAGAGGAAGUGGUGGGAGAGGAAGAGGAAGUGGUGGGAGAGGAAGAGGAAGUGGUGGGAGAGGAAGAGGAAGUGGUGGGAGAGGAAGAGGAAGUGGUGGGAGAGGAAGAGGAAGUGGUGGGAGAGGAAGAGGAAGUGGUGGGAGAGGAAGAGGAAGUGGUGGGAGAGGAAGAGGAAGUGGUGGGAGAGGAAGAGGAAGUGGUGGGAGAGGAAGAGGAAGUGGUGGGAGAGGAAGAGGAAGUGGUGGGAGAGGAACAUGUGGAGGAGUGCAAUGAGGAUGAGUGGGAGGAAAGGGGGAGCGGGAGCGAGAAGUUGGUACCGGAAGAAAGAGGGGAAAAGGGGGAUGAGGAAUUGGAAGAUGUAAAUGACGAAGACGGGGAGGAGGAGUUGGAAGGCUUGGAUAAGGAGAAAGGGGCUUCUUGGCGAAGGAGCAUAGUGGUCACAAGGGAGCAGCGCACGAGAAGGAGACCCCGACUCACAGUGCCUAGACUCGCAGGCGUACACGGCAUGAGACCUGCCAGCCAGAGCGCCAGGCUCUACCUUCCCCAGGUGAACCCUCCCAGAGCCGCAGGCACAAAGCUUGCAAGCCAGAGCGCCAGGCUCUACCUUCCCCAGGUGAACCCUCCCAGGGCGGCAGGCACAAAGCUUGCCAGCCAGAGCGCCAGGCUGAACCCUCCCCAGUUGAACCUUCCCAGGGCACCAGGUACAAAGCUUGCUGGCCAGAGUGCCAGGCUGAGCCUCCCCCAGGUGAACCUUCCCAAGGCAGCAGGCAUAGACAGCAUGAGGCCUGCGAGUCAAAGCGUCAGGUUGUACCUUCCCCAGUUGAGCCUUCCCAAGGGAGGAGCUGCAGCAACUACAGGUGGAGGUGCAGCAGGGAUGGACGGCACGAAGCUUGCAAGUCAAAGCGCCAGCCCCCGCCCCUGCACCUUGUACAGCCCCCAUUCUUCUCUCACACACAGUCCUCAUCGCUCCCCCUUAUGCAGCCCCCGUCCCGGUCCCACGCACAGCCCCCACUCCUCUCCUUUAUGCAGCCCCCGCAUUUCAACCACAUACAGCACCCAUACUUCUCCCACUCAUAGUCCCCAUCCCUCUCCCUUAUGCAGCCCCCGCCCCUCUCCAUUAGCCCCCCUUCUAGGCCCCUGUUCCGCCCCUGCUGCUGCUGCCGCUGCCGCUACUGCUGCUGGUGGUGUCUCUGGUGCCCCUGGUCUUACUACCUCCUCUGCUUCCCUCUCAUACACCCCACAUGGCUCCACCUCUCUUCCUAUCUCCAGACAAGCACUCACUGCUGCCGCCAGGGCUGCUGUAGCUGCUACAGCCGCUACAGCCGCUCAUGGCACGAGCUGUGCUACAGAUUCAGACAUUUGCCUUCGCAGUGCAACGUUGCCUGUCUCCAGACAAGCACUCACUGCCGCUACAGCCUCUACAGCCGGCUCUCCCUCUGCACGGGCAGCUGUACUGGCCUCUCCAGGUUACGGCAUGAGCUAUGCUACAGAUCUAGAUGUGUGCCUUCGCAGUGCCACUUUGCCUGUUUCCAGAAAACCUCUCACCUCAGCCGCACGUGCUGUAGCAGCUGCUACAGCCGCCCCUUCCCUCGCAGCUGCCAGCCCUUCGAAAUCUGGCUGUGGUGGUCAGAGAAUGAGGUUUGAAGAGAGACGAGGUGCCAGGGGGCUUAAUCGCAGGCAUACUGCUUGUGUCUCAGAUGUUGAGGAGGCUCAGGUGAAGCCCCAGUUCGCACCGGAUUUCUCCCCGCCCACCCUCCCUCCCCACCCACCCCACCUCCCCCUUCACCUUCCGCUCCUUUCCCUUCUCCUUCCCUCUAACCCCUCCCCUUCCCCCGUCCUACCCCCUCUCCGCCGUCUCCCCUUCUUUCUUCCCAACCCCCGUCUCACCCACCUACCGUGCUGUACUGAGCAGGGCACGUGCCCUGCUGCUGGUGCUCUUCUCCUUCCCCCUCUUCCCCUUUCACCUCCCCCAUCCCCACCCACCUCUUGUUGGGUUGGGUUGGGGGGUACAGGAGAGAGCUGCGGUUUCUGUCCUUUCGGUUCCUUCCCUUCCAUCUCCUCCCUACAUUUCCCUGCUCUGGUUGUUAGCUACCUCAUUUCUAACAGCCACUCUUACAGCUGUUGGCCGUGGUGUGAUUUUUUGGCCUAG